UGCAGAAGUGUCCGGGCGCCUGGCUGGAAGUCUCUUGGCGGAUGAGGGGAAAGUCCGCCGGGCAGAGGAGGUGAAAUGGAUUGACUUUUCCGAGAACGUGAUGCUCCACGAGAAACCGCUGCUUCCCGAGUGCAAGAUGCCCAAUCGCUGCAAGUGCAAGAAGGUGAAACCCACGCUGGCGAUUUAUCUGAACAAAAACUACAGCUAUGUUAUUCAUGCUAAAAUAAAGAGUGUGGAGAGAGGAAGCUGCAAUGAAAUAACCACAAUGGUUGAUGUGAAAAAUGUUUUGAAAUCUCUGACUCCAGUUCCUCGUGCUCUGAUUCCUCUGUAUACUAAUUCCUCUUGCCAAUGUCCACCUCUUCUGCCAAAUCAAGUUGUACUCAUUAUGUGUUAUGAGUGGCACACGAGGUUGAUGCUUCUUGAUGGAUGCUCAGUUGAAAAAUGGAAGGAUCCAUUAGGCAAAAGGUUUAAGCGAUGGGAACAGAGACUCCAAGAACAGAAACUACAAGCAGCUUCUAAUAGAAACCUGAAUGCCAGAAACUCAGGUCACGGUGGGACACCAAAACAAAAUUCAAAGAAAAGCAAUCCCGUGCUCACCAGUCCCAAGAAGAUCAAUAAGCUCAGAAAUCACCAAAAAGAAAUUAAUUCUAGAAAAAUAUGAGUUCCACCUUUUUUUCCUGCAGCAAAGCUGGCAAGCUGGCCUGAGCAGCACAUGAAUUGUGGAACUGAACCUAAACAUUUCAUGCUGCAAAUUAUUUGCAGCGUUUUAUUUGUAAAAGAUUGCUUUUUCACUUUAAAGCACAGAUAGAGUUUUGCACUAACCUGAGAGAGUUGAUGACGCAGCCUACAUUUAGCAUUGCAAGUCAUAGUUGAUCAACAAGCAUCUGGAUUAGUAGCUCUCUGAUUUAAACAUGCCAAUGUGCCUCCCGUGAUAAGAAUGGUUUUGCAUAGCUGCAAUAGCAGAAGAGCAAUAAUUUAUUUUGGCAUUUAUCUAAUUUCUUAUCACAAUGCUAGACUCUCUCUGGUAUCCUGAAGAAAUUUGCUGAGCUUGGGAAUGAGAUGCCAUGCCUUU